AUGCAUGGAAGACUUACUAUGAAGAGAAAAAAAGGUGGUUCAGAAAGGCCUAUCAGACACACAAUAUCAAAGGCUAGGAAAUGUGUAUGGUGUGGUGUAUGUAAACAGAAAGGACACUACAAGACCACUUUUCCUCAAGUUGAAAUGCCUCCUAAGACUAUUGGUAGGAAACCAGAAAGUGUGAGACAAACACAAGAGUUAGUGAACAUGCAGAGGGGUGGGGAAGAUGUUGCAAUGGGUGAUGCUGACCAGGAAGAUGUUGAAAUGGCUGAUGUUGGUGGUCAAGAUAAAGAGGUUAAUGAUCAAGAAGUGUAUUUUGCUAAAGUCGAACAACCAAGGAUGAGGAAAAAAUCUGAAAGAAUCCUUAAAUUGAAAGUGGGAAAGAACAUUGAAGGUGAAGGUAGCAGUGCAUCAAAGCUAAUGGAUUUGGAGUAG